UUGACUGUGAAAGUCCAAGUGAAGUAGAAUCUUAAUUGCUUAAGUCAUAAUUCCAGUUCUGAUGUUUCUUGACAUUAUUGCAGAGAAUAUCCAACAUGUGCUUCCCAACAAUACAACUAAACAUUCCAACAGCACUGUGAAACCAACAACUGCACCUUCCUCAGUCGUGAGCACUAUGAAACCCACGGCAGCAUCUAAGACGACAACAUCAGCGGUGGUCUCAACAAAUAUGACUUCUACCACCUUAAAGUCUACGCCCAAAACAAAUGUUACACAAAGUACAUCUCAGGUGUCAACAUCCACAGUGACCACAACCCACAAUACUUUGGUGACGUCUCUUUCUUCAUCAAUAACAGUCACAGCAACUAUUCAUUCUAAAGAAAAUAAAGGAUCAAAAUUUGAUACUGGGAGCUUUGUUGGUGGUAUUGUAUUAACACUGGGAGUUUUAUCUAUUCUUUACAUUGGAUGCAAAAUGUAUUACUCAAGAAGAGGCAUUCGGUAUAGAACCAUAGAUGAACAUGAUGCCAUCAUUUAAGGAAUCCAAGGACCAAGGAAAGAAGACAAAUUGAUUUAGCCCUAUCAAAUAAUUUUGACUUACUAAUAGUUUAAAACCAUAUUCUCUUCUUGAAAAUAGUAUAAACAGGCCAUAAAUAUAAUAUACAAUGUAUUACAUAAAUAUGCAAAGAUUCCUCAGGAUUACUAAAGGUAAAAAGGGUUUGGUUUGGGUUUUUUAAUAAGCAGCUGGAGCUUACAGUCAGUUAAUGCAAUGGUUACAUCCACUUCUAGCAAAUUCAUAGUAAAACACAUCCUGUCCCUUUUGUGUGGCAUUGGUCACAUAGGAC